AUGGCUUCAGACAUACUCUUUUCAGCUGCGACCGUUGUUACCGGCGACGAGUCGGCUGCACCCUUUGAGGCAGACGUGCUCGUCUCCGGCUCUCUCAUUGCUAAAAUAGGUCCUCCAGGCUCCAUCGAUGCUGAAGCAGCCCGUAAAAUUGAUGCAAAGGGGCAUUACCUUUGCCCGGGAUUCAUCGAUAUGCAUGCACAUUCCGACCUCUAUCUCCUAACAAAUCCCGCGCAUGAGGCCAAGAUCAGCCAGGGCUGCACUACCGAGGUUGUCGGCCAAGAUGGCAUAUCAUAUUCUCCUGUGCAUACCAAGGACCAGAUGCAGGCCAUCCGAGAGCAGAUUGCCGGCUGGAAUGGCAACCCCAGCGAAGACGAGUGCCGGACAAGCCUGAAGGAGAUUGGAAUGUUCGAAUGGCGAACGGUUGGAGAGUACUUGGACUGUCUGGAGAGGAACCGAACCGCUACAAAUGUCGCCGUUUUGGUUCCGCAGGGCAAUCUACGCCUCUUGGCCUGCGGGCCGUACGAUGUCCCUGCCAAACCCGAGGAGAUACAACACCAAGUGGAGUUGCUGAGAGAGAGCAUGAACCAAGGAGCUGUUGGAAUGUCGAGUGGCCUGACAUACACGCCCGGCAUGUACGCACCGACCUCUGAAUUGGCCGUCCUGUGUCGGGCACUGAGUGAUGAAUUUCCAGGGGCUUUUUAUGCUCCACAUCAUCGAAGUUACGGUCAUCGAGCUAUUGAAAGUUACGAUGAGAUGAUUGAACUCGGCCAUGCCACUGGCUGCCCCAUACAUUUAACACAUGCAACGCUCAAUUUCUCGGAAAAUAAAGGGAAAGCGCCCGUGCUCAUCUCAAUGAUUGACACCGCCAUUGCAAAGGGCCGGGAUAUCACCCUCGAUACAUACCCAUACCUCCCGGGAUGCACAACGCUCGCCGCGCUUUUGCCAAGUUGGGCUUCCUCUGGUGGCCCGGCAGAGACUCUAAAGCGGCUUGAAGACCCUGAUACGCGAGAGAAGAUUCGAGUUGCCGUUGAAGUAACAGGCUGCGACGGUGGGCACGGUAUCCCGACGGACUGGGACUCGAUACAAAUUGGUACUACAGUAGACCCGUCUCUUGCGUCGUAUUCUGGUAGACGAGUUGCGGAAGUAGCUGAAAUAGUUGGAAAGCCUCCGAUCGAGGUCUUUUUCGACAUUCUGCGAAAAGAUCGUCUCGCCACAAGUUGCCUGAUGCAUGUUGGCCAUGAGGAGAACGUUCGCCAAAUCAUGCAGCAUCAAGUCCACAUGGCUGGCAGUGAUGCCAUCCUGCAUGGCAAAUCUGUUCACCCAAGAGCCUACGGGACCUUCACUCGUUAUUUAGGACACUAUGCGCGCGAUCUUGGCAUCGUUCCUCUUCCGCAGAUGAUCGCCCAUUUGACUUCCAGGCCUGCAAAACGCCUAUCUAUAUACCCUCACCGAGGCUUCGUGGCCGAAGGAUCUGCUGCUGACCUCGUCCUGUUCGAUCCCGAGACCGUCAGCGACAUGGCAACGUUCGAGGAGCCGAAACUUCCGAGCAAGGGAGUCCGCUUUGUUUUAGUCAACGGCCAGGUAGCGUUGGAUGAGGGGAAGAUGGCUGGUACAAGAGCUGGGAAAAUCCUUAGGAGAAAGGGCGCUGGCAAGGUCGAAUAG